AUGCUCAAUGGUGACAAGUACCUCGCUGACGCAGACGCACUGCUCCAGCAGCGUAGCGUUAAAGAAGACAGUACCUUUCGCACAACACAUGCCUCUGCAGUGAUGCGGUUAUCAAUGGCCGACAGCGAAUUGGAUGGCAACGAUGACGACGACGGCGAUGCCUACCAGAGCGACAGCUUCUCAGCAGCAAACAAACACAACGCUAGAAGCAAAAAGGUCAAGACGCACGCCGUAACAUCAUCAAACUCAAAAAGCGUCUUAGCAGCAAAAGAUAUGCCAGCCAAGUCAAGAAAAACGGGCGGCGGUACUGCAGAAAAACGUCGCAGGCACAACCUCGAGCGCAACUGCGCCGCCGCCUCCAAGUGCCGCCAGCGCAAAAGGCAGUGGCAAGAGGGCCUGGAACGUGAAAAGAUAGAGCUCGAGGAGCGGUGUAAACAUUUGCAUGUCGAAGCCGAGGAGAUAAUAGAAGAGAUUGCUCAGCUUAAGGACCUUGUCAUGGCGCACGCCGGAUGCGACAAUACCAACAUCGACAUCUGGCUCCAGAACGAGGCGGACAGCUUUGUGCGCCGCAUGAGCACCACCCACGGGACAUGGUCAUCACCAGCAAUUGGCGGAAGUGUAUCUGCAACUGCGGUUUCCAUCGGCCCGCUGUACCAGUUACCUGCGACAGACGUAGCAAUAAAUGGUGAGCCGAUUUCACAGCCUAUAUUGGAGACACAAUACUAA